AUGUUAGAUGAGAGGGAACUUGCCAUCCAUCCAAUCGUGCAGGAGAGCGUCCAGCAUAAUGCUCGCACUGUUUCGAAUAUCCGGGCCUUGACCGCGUCGUUGUUUGGUGUGGCCGCAGGGACGCUGGGGCUGGAGUCGCUGCCGGGCUUCAUCUUCUACUUUACUGGCACGGCUAUUGUUUCCCUGCUCAUCUUCUCGCUCAAGGCGGAGCAGGACGCGAAGUCUUACUUCUUCCGCCCCUUCUCGGACCUCUGGGCUGGCGACAUGUUUGGAGGCUUGAUGUCCUUUGUCGUCGACGCCAUCAAGGACCUCGUCCAAGACUGCAACUUCGACUGCAAUGACUCCGGCAUCGCCCUCCAAGCCAUGGACAACUCCCACGUCGCCCUCGUCUCCAUGAUGCUCAAGUCCGAAUCCUUCUCGCCCUUCCGCUGCGACCGCAACAUCGCCCUCGGCAUCAACCUCAGCUCGCUCACCAAAGUCCUGCGAUGCGCCGCGAACGAAGAUAUCCUGACCAUGAAGGCGGAGGAUGCGCCGGACGUUGUCAACUUCACGUUCGAGAGCUCCGAGAGCGACAGGAUGGCGGAGUACGAUAUCAAGCUGAUGGAUAUCGAUCAAGAGCAUUUGGGUAUUCCUGAGACGGAGUAUGCGGCCACGAUUGAGAUGCCCAGCGCGGAGUUUCAACGUAUCACGAGGGAUUUGACGGCGCUUAGCGAGUCCGUCUCCAUCGAGUGCACAAAGGACGGUGUCAGCUUCAAGUGCACUGGCGACAUUGGCAACGGAUCCGUCACCCUUCGCUCGCACACCAACGUCGAGAAGCCGGAGCAGAACAUCGAGAUCAACCUUUCCGAACCCGUCGCACUCACAUUCUCGCUCAAGUACCUCAUGAACUUCUGCAAAGCUUCCGGCCUUAGCAGUUCCGUCAAGCUCUGCCUCAGCAACGAGGUGCCUCUGCUCGUCGAGUACGGUCUCAGCAACAACAGCUACUUGCGAUUCUACCUCGCGCCAAAGAUCGGCGACGAAGAGUAA